GUUUCAUCCCAAAAGAAAGAAAGAAGCAAAAACUUUUUAAGUUGGUGGUAAAUGGAGAAUAAUAGUUAUCGUAUUCUAACUUUUGUUAUAUUCAUAGCUUUGAACAUCUGUUUAGUUAUUGGAAAAACAUAUAUACAAAUAGGAGUGAUUCUAGAUAUGGAAACAAGCGUUGGUAAAAUGAGCAGCACUUGCAUUUCAAUGGCGAUACACGAUUUCUAUGAGAAACACGACAACUACACCACCAUGAUUCAGCCUCACUUUCGCGAUUCCAAACAAGACAACGUUCGUGCCGCGUCUGCAGCCAUUGACCUCUUGAAAAAUGUCCAAGUCAUGGCGAUUCUUGGACCUCAGACAUCCUCACAAGCAGAUUUUGUGAUCGAUAUUGGCAGCAAAUCAAAGGUUCCUAUUAUCUCCCCUGCCACCAGCCCUUCUCUUUCUCCAAAAGACGACGUGUACUUUAUACGUUCAGCUCACAAUUCUUCGUCACAACUCAAAGCGAUAGCAGCAUUGAUCAAAAACUUUGGUUGGAGGGAAGUUGUGUUUGUUUAUGAAGACGGUGAAUAUGGAAGAGGUCUUGACCCGUAUUUAUCUGAUGCCAUGCUUGAUAUUAACGUGAGGAUUAUGUACCGGUCUAUCAUACAUCCUUUGGUUUCAGAUGACUGGAUCCUUCAAGAGCUUUACAAAUUAAAGACAAUGCAGACUCGGGUUUUUGUUAUUCAUGCGUUGCCAGCCUUGGCUUCUCGGUUUUUCAAGAAAGUGAAUGAAGCAGGAAUGAUGGAAGAAGGAUACAUUUGGAUCAUAACCGAAGUGCUCAUGAGCCAAAUGCAUUCGUUGGAUUCAACAGAUAUAGACUCGAUGCAAGGAGUGCUUGGUGUGAAGUCGUAUAUCCCCAGGUCAAAGGAGUUGAUUAACUUUGAGAAGAUAUGGAAAAGGGAAUUCCAGAGAAGGAACCCACAAGAUGAAGUGACAGAAUUAGAUAUGUUUGGGAUAUGGGGAUAUGAUACUGUUUAUGGUCUAGCAAUGGCCUUGGAGAAGGUCGGAAAUGGGAUUAAUCUUACUUUCAAAAAAGGAGGGGGAUUCGCUACAGAUUUAGAUGUCAUUGGUACCUCAGAUUUGGGAUCAAGGCUUCUUCCAUGGAUCCGAGACUUCAGAUUCGAUGGGAUGAGCGGUGACUUUAACGUUGUUGAUGGACAACUACAAUCCUCGGUGUACCAAAUAGUGAACAUAUUAGGGACCGGUGAAAAACAUAUUGGGUUUUGGACAUCUGAAAUUGGGCUCUCAAAGAAGGCAGAUAAUCAAACAAAGGGUCUCAGGGCUAUCACAUGGCCCGGAGACACUCAUGUCCUCCCAAAAGGCUGGGAGAUGCCUACUAGUAACGUAAACAAGUUAAGAGUCGGGGUUCCAGCAAAAGGUGGGUUUGUUCAGUUUGUUGAUGCCAACACUGACCCAAAAACCCGACAAGUUAUAGUCACGGGUUUCUGUGUGGAUGUUUUUAACGCAGUUAUUGAUGCAUUACCUUAUGCAAUCAAACGCGAAUUCAUACCUUUUGUCACCCCAGAUGGCAAGAGACUUGCAGGAAGCUAUAACGAUCUUGUUCGCAAUCUCUCUGUUGGGAAAUAUGAUGCGGUGGCUGGAGAUGUUACAAUCCUUGCAAAGCGUACGGAUUAUGCUGAUUUCACAUUGCCAUACACUGAGGCUGGCAUUUCACUUAUUGUUCCAAUCAAAGAUGAGAGGAAGAGUCCAUGGAUCUUUCUAAGACCCUUAGAAAAUGAGCUUUGGAUAACAACAGGAUGGUUUUUCUUAUACACGGGACUAGUCAUAUGGGUUCUCGAGCAUCAUAUAAACAAGGAAUUCCGAGGGCCCCCUGGUGAACAAAUUGGAACGAUAUUCUGGUUUUCCUUCUCCACGCUCGUUUUUGCCCACAGGGAGAAGUUGGCAAACAACUUGUCAAGAUUUGUGGUGAUUGUGUGGGUGUUUGUGGUGCUCGUGCUGACUUCCAGCUAUACAGCAAGUUUGACAUCCAUGUUAACCGUACAACAACUUCAGCCUGCUUAUACUGAUAUCUAUGAGAUCAUGAGAAGAGGUGAGUCAGUGGGGUAUCAAGAUGGUUCGUUUGUUGUUGAUACGUUGAAAAAGAUGGGUUUUGAGGAGAGCAAGCUGAAAAACUACAGCACCUUCGAGCAAUAUGACAACGCUCUCCAUUUAGGAAGUCAAAACGGAGGAGUUACCGCAAUUAUGGAUGAGAUCCCUUAUAUCAGAGUUUUCUUGGCUAAAUACUGUACCAAGUAUACCAUGACAGGUCCCAUCUACAAAACCGCAGGCUUUGGUUUCGCCUUUCCAAAAGGAUCGCCGCUUGUCCAUGAUGUUUCUAGAGCAGUCCUGCAAGUGACAGAAGACCAAAUUGCAAACAUAUCCAGACAUUGGUUUGGAGAUUCAUCCAGCUGUGAUCAGCAAAAGAAGGCCACAUUGACCUCUGACAGGCUAUCGCUGGAUAGCUUCAAGGGUCUGUUUUUCAUUACUGCGGUAUCAUCAACCGCAGCUCUCUUGAUUUUCUUCUUUAUGUUCUUGUACCAAAACAGAGAAAUAAUAGCUUCCCAACAUUCAAUAAUCCAAAAGAUUGUUGCUACUGCGAAAACAUUUAAUAAGUUUAAAGACGACAAAUCCAAAAACACAAGCGCAGAGGCAGCUGUAGCUCAACCGGUUAGUGUGGACAGCUUCAACAAUAGUCCAACAAUAGUACACCAUCAAGAAGUAGGAUCUUUCACUCCCGGUGAAGGGCCUUUCACUACUGAACCAGGGACUCCAGUUCAUGAUACAAUACAAACUUUCUCUACCACUGAGCUUGGGACUCCAGAACCCGACAUCGGCGGCAUACAAGUUGUAGAAACAACCACUUAGAUCUAGUGUCCUAGUCAUGACGAUGGUGAUACUAAUUACAGACAGCGGUCAUUAGUAUUCUUUAUCAUUAUUUACACAGUACAAGCUUCUAUAUUGUAUUCUAGUCUUUGUAAAUAUCAU